AUGUUAGCUUUACAUGAUCAAGAAAUAUAUAAAACUAGAAAAAUUUCUAUUCGAUAUGAUAAUUCAACAAGAAUAUAUUAUCUUUUUUAUCAUAGAAUAGAUAUUUUAUCAUCAACAUUAAUGUUAUCUUAUGAUCUUAAUCAAAAUAAAUGGACUAUUGAUACAAUAGAAUAUAAUUAUAUAUUUAAAAAUUAUUUAAAUGAUUUAUUUAAUGAAAAUAAUAAUAUAUCAUUUGAAGAACAAAUUCAAUAUAUUAUUAAUUAUCUUGAUAGUUAUUUUCUUAAUCAAUUACAAGAACAAAUGAUAAAAAUAAAUAUGAAUGAUCAUAAUAUUUAUUCUUUAUCAUGGUUUCGACGUUUACGUGGUAUACGUCGUUGGGUUAGUCAAAAUAUACUUACAGAACAAUCAGCAAUAUUACAACGUUAUUCAGCACCUGAAAAAAUUAUUUCUAUGAAUAAUAACGAAGAAAUUAUAUCAGUAAAAGCAUUAGCUGAAUCAUUUUAUACAAAUAAUUUAUAUCGUACAAAAACAUUUACUUCUCUAUUAGAAUAUUCAAAAGAAUAUAUUCAAAUUCAAAAUUCAAAUAAACCAUCAUCUAUUACAGAACUUUGGUUAAAUGUUAAUACACAAAAAAUAAAUAAUUUUCGAAAUAAAAUUGGUAGUUAUAUUGAAGAAGAAAAAUUAAAAAAUUUAGCAGAAAAAUUUAUUAUCUAUUUUAAUGGUAUAUUUCAAUGUAAUAUUGGACAUCAAUAUCAACUUGAGUAUGAUGAUCAAAUAUGGCAUUUUAUUGUAUCUAAAGUUGAAUUUUUGACAAAAAACGAUACUGAAACUACAAAAAUUCCAAAAACAAAAAUAAUUUUUGUUAUUGAUGGUAUUCCACAUUAUGUUCGAGGUUAA